UAAGGAAGGUAGGGGAAUGUAAAGAACCCGCGACUGUGGCUACUCCGGGUGCGAACGUUUUCCGAGACGCUAAAGGCCCGAGAGGGUAGAGCCGAAGUCGGAGGCAGCCCACGGGCACUGGCGAGCGAGACCGCAGGAAGCGAGAAGAGCGAGCGCGCACUACAAAUCCCAGAAGACCCCGCUUCCUGGCGCUCGCCCCGCGCCGCGCAACGUCUGCCGGGAGUCCGCCGGAGCCGCCAAGAUGUCGCUCAAGAGGAGAAAGCUUGAGUCGGGGGGCGGCGGCGGCGAAGGAGGGGGGGCAACUGAGAGAGAAGAUGGCGGACAGCGGGAGACGGCCCUGCUGCGACCCCGGAGGACUAGGCGGGAGCGGGACCAGUUAUACUACGAGUGCUACUCGGACAUAUCGGUGCACGAGGAAAUGAUUUCGGACCGCGUCCGCACGGAUGCCUACCGCCUGGGCAUCAUGCGGAACUGGGCAGCGCUGCAGGACAAGACGGUGCUGGACGUGGGUGCGGGCACCGGCAUUCUCAGCAUCUUCUGUGCCCAGGCCGGGGCCCGGCGCGUGUACGCGGUGGAGGCCAGCUCCAUCUGGCAACAGGCCCAGGAGGUGGUGCGGCUCAACCGCCUGGAGGACCGCGUGCACAUCCUACCCGGGCCGGUGGAAACGGUGGAGCUGCCCGAGCAGGUGGAUGUCAUCGUGAGCGAGUGGAUGGGCUACGGGCUCCUGCACGAGUCCAUGCUGAGUUCCGUGCUCCACGCGAGGACUAAGUGGCUGAAGGAGGGCGGGCUUCUCCUGCCGUCUUCCGCCGAGCUUUUUGUGGCGCCCAUCAACGACCAUACUGUGGACCUGCGUGUGAGCUUCUGGAGCCAGGUGAAGCAGGUGUACGGUGUGGACAUGAGUUGCCUGGAGGGCUUCGCCACGCGCUGCAUCAUGGGCCACUCGGACAUCCUGGUGCAGGACCUGUGUGGCGAAGAUGUGCUGGCCCGACCUCAGUGCUUCGCUCAGCUGGAACUGGCCCGCGCCGGCCUAGAGCAGGAGCUGGAGGCCGGGGUUGGUGGGGGCUUCCGCUUCAGCUGCUACGGCUCGGCGCCCCUGCACGGCUUUGCCAUCUGGUUUCAGGUGACCUUCCCCAGAGGAGACUCGGAGAAACCCCUGGUGCUGUCCACCUCCCCCUUUCAGCCGGCCACGCACUGGAAGCAAGCCGUGCUGUACCUGAACGAGCCCGUGCAAGUAGAGCAAGAUACGGACAUUUCCGGGGAGAUCAAGCUGCUGCCCGCCCAGGACAACCACCGGCUCCUACGCGCGCAGCUGCGCUACAAAGUGGGCGACCAGGAGGAGAAGACCAAAGACUAUACCAUGGAGGAUGGGCAUUUCCUUCUCGGCCAGCGACUGCCCCCGGCGGCCAGAGCUGCGAGCUAGAGGCGGAGGGGGGUCACAGGAGACACAGGGAGACCCGGCCAGCAAGCAACCUGGUCCAGUCCCCUUACUUUGGAGUGCCGUCUGUAUGCUAAUGACUCCCUGAAGGCACGACAGCCACAGAUCACUGACAUCAGAUCAUGGUCAUCGGUGAGCAUUUACUGACUGCUCGUUCCUGUGAGCGCUGUCUCGGCUUUGGGUGUAUCAAGAAACACAGGACUAGGUCCCUGCCCUGAAGAAGCUGAGUCUUAAGUGGAAAGUAAGCAUCUCAGCUUUCCAAAGCUAACUGUUAGUUAUAAUGUGACGUGCGUUCAAUGCCAAAUUGACAAGUGCUGUUAGGAGUUUAAUCACCGCUACAUGGACGAUCAGAGCUUCUCACUGAAAGCGGAGGAGUGGAACUGGAUCUUGCCAGUUCUCAGUCAUGCCAAGCUCCCGCCUUAGGUACUAUCCACCCGGAGCAGUCUUUCCUUAGACUGCAUGUUAGUUACACUCUAUGUCCUUUUUUGUCCUCUGUUCAAAUGACACCUCUGAGCAGCUUGCCUUGACUGCCCAUGGCAUCUACCAUAGACUCGGCUUUUCUCUUGUCACCUGAAAUCCAGCUGUUUGCUUGUUUGCCUUUCUUACAAGAUGAGACAAUGAGAGCAGGAAUCUUGCCUCUCGUUCACCAUCAUCUACCCAUUGCCUAAAACAUUAUCUCACACAAGGUACAUAGUCAGUACAUGUUUGUUGAGCAAACGAGCCUUGUAUACCAAAUGGAACUUCCAUCAGAAGGCAGAGUGUGGCCAUUCCGGCAAGGACGAUGGCUUAAAAACAAGUGUUCCUUAGAGAGUUCACGCCACCGUGGUGUGAUGGUUGGCUUUCUACUCUGCACAGAAAUUUCGGUAAUACUUGGGAUACCGACAGAAUUGCCCAUAGGGCAGAUGCCUGGGUUCGCGCCCACCACCUGGUCCCUAGUCAGUGUGUAACCAAUGAGUCUUCCCCAGGACCUAUCAGUUUUCCCUGAGCACACAGAGCACAGCUUGUCAAAGAGGGCUUCGUUGAAUCUCUAGAAACAAAUUUCACAAGGCAUAAGACAAAUAAAACUGUUGAUAAGACUUUCAGAAUGAUUGGCUUAGUUUUCAGGAUUUCCAUGAGCAAAAGAGAAACUAAAAAUUGUGACCAAGCAUGAAAAGAAAACCAAUAACUCAAACCAGGUUGAGUUAAAACCUGGUUUGAAACCAGGUUUGAAACCAUUUUUUCAAAGCUGUAUUUCAACAAAAAAGAAAUUUCUUUUUAAAAAAUUUUAUUUAUUUGUUUUUAGAGAGAGGGGAAGGGAGAGAGAAAGAGGGAGAGGAACAUCAAUAUGUGGUUGCCUCUCACAUGAUGCCUACUGGGGACCUGACCUGCAACCCAGGCACGAGCCCUAGACUGGGAACCAAACCAGCAACCCUUUGGUUCACAGGCCGGCACUCAGUCCACUGAGCCACACCAGCCAGGGCUAUCUUUUGGGGUUUUUUUUAAUUUAAUUUUUAAAUUUAGUUAUUUAACCCCUACAUAGUUUCUGUUAUGCUUGCUUGUUUUUUACAAUGUGAGGUAAGGAUUCUUUGUUAUCAGUGUAAAAGCACAGAAUUAGCACCACCACAUUGCACUUUUUGAGCAUAAGCUGGUUCCUGGGGACUGGCUGCCUGGUUUCUGUGCUGACCUUGGCUGCAACGGCUCCUGUGGCUGUGAUCAGGUCAUAGGUCAAAGCUGACUGGACUAGCACGUGGGCUGUAGCAUUGGAUUGGUUUUAUUCUAUACCCUGUCUCUGUUUUCUCCUAUUCCUCGUAAGGGAGGAGGGUGUUUUAGGUGUUUCAGGUAGAAUUUCUAGCGGAACUGACUUUACAAAAGGCCUUAGAUGAACUUGGCAUCCAUAUAUUAGGAAAUUCUGUUACUAGAAAAAAAUCAAAAUACUGUGUUCCAAACAGAAAGUGGUAUAUAGUGCAUACCACUUUUCCUCCUUUAUGUGUUAUAUUUAUUGGAGAGACAUUGGUUAAUAAGAUCAUAUAGGUUUCAAGUAUAUUGAUAUGAUACGUGGUAACAUUUCUAUGAUACAUGCUAAAUUUUUAAUUGAAUAAUAACCUUGAGACUAUGUUCUGCCUGGCAAAAUAAUAAUAAAUAAAAUCUAACAUGUUAUUAUUCCUCAAAAAAAAUUUACAAGUUUUGUUGGCAAAAGGUUUAUUUAAAAUGGCAAUGCAUACGCCAAAUUUGGCUACAAUGUGUACAAUUGCUCCAGUAUAAUGUUUGUGGUCCAUCCACAUCUAAUCUAUAUAUAGGAAAUGUGACAUUAUUAUA